GAGCUAAAGCUAAAGACUACGUGGAAAGAGCCGGCAUAAGGCGAGCAACUGCUUUGCGAACAGUAAACAGGGCUUGUGUUUGGCUUUACAUGCUGGGAAAUGGAGAUUCUGAGCAUUCUGGUUCUGGUGGGCUUGAUGGUGGUUCUGCUGGCGUAUCUGAACCGGAGGGGCAAAAGGGGAAUCUGUCUGCCCCCAGGCCCCACCCCUCUGCCCGUGUUGGGGAACUUGCUCCAACUGAACAAAAAAGAGCCGUUCAAGACUUUCAUGAAGCUGAGUGAGACCUACGGCCCGGUCCUGACUGUGUACCUGGGGCCCCAGCGGGCCGUGGUUCUGGUCGGGUUUAAGACCGUGAAGGAGGCUCUCAUCGACCAGGCUGAUGACUUCACUGGCCGAGCUCCCGUGCCAUUCCUGAACAGAGCUGUGCGAGGACACGGUUUGGCGAUCAGUAAUGGUGAGCGAUGGCGGCAGCUCCGGCGGUUCACACUGAGCACGCUCAGAGACUUUGGAAUGGGCCGCAAGCGGAUGGAGGAGUGGAUCAGAGAGGAGAGCAAGCACCUCAUUCACAGCCUGAGCUGCACAAACUCUGAACCCUGUGACCCCACCUUCUUCUUCAGUCGGGCGGUGUCCAAUGUGAUCUGUGCUCUUGUAUUUGGCUGUCGCUUUGACUAUGAGGAUAACAAAUUCCUGCAUCUCCUCAAGACCAUCACUGCAACCUUGAGAUUUGCCAGCAAACCCUGGGGUCAGCUGUAUAACCUGUUCCCGUGGCUGUUAGAGAUCCUUCCUGGGGAACAGCACCAUGUCUUCACUGGGAUUGAUGAGCUGAGGACUUUCGUCAAGGAGAGGAUCCAAAAACACCAGGAGACUUUGAGCCCUGACUGUCCCCGAGACUACAUUGACUGCUACCUAAUCAAGCGAGACAAGGAAAAGGACAGCCCCACCAAUGAGUUUACCGACAAAAACUUGGUGGGCACUGUCCUCAACCUGUUCCUGGCCGGGACUGAAACCACCAGCACCACCCUGCGUUAUGCCAUCAUGAUUCUCAUAAAGCACCCUCAGAUACAAGAGCGUGUCCAGCUGGAGAUCGACACUGUGAUUGGACGAGAGAGGCUACCAAUGAUGGAGGACAGGAAGUCCCUCCCCUUCACAGAUGCGGUGAUCCACGAGGUGCAGCGAGUCCUGGACAUCGUGCCUCUCAACAUUCCUCAUUACGCCACUGGAGACAUCUCAUUCAAGGGCUACACCAUUCCAAAGGGCACAGUGAUCCUUCCCAUGUUGCACUCUGUUCUGAGGGAUGACAAGCAGUGGGAGACCCCUUGGUCCUUUAACCCGGGUCACUUCCUGGACCAAAAUGACAACUUCAAGAAGAGCCCAGCAUUUAUGGUCUUCUCUGCAGGUAAGCGGAGUUGUGUGGGUGAAUCUCUGGCUCGGAUGGAGCUCUUCCUCUUCCUGGUGGCCCUGCUCCAGCGUUUCACCUUUACCUGCCCUGGGGGGCCAGACAGCCUGGACCCCACCCCUGAGGUCAGCGGCUUUGCCAGCCUGCCCAGGACAUACGAGCUCAUCGCUACCCCCCAAACAGGGCUUGUGUUUGGCUUUACAUGCUGGGAAAUGGAGAUUCUGAGCAUUCUGGUUCUGGUGGGCUUGAUGGUGGUUCUGCUGGCGUAUCUGAACUGGAGGGGCAAAAAGGGCAUCUGUCUGCCCCCAGGCCCCACCCCUCUGCCCGUGUUGGGCAACUUGCUCCAACUGAACAAAAAAGCUCCAUUCAAGUCCUUCAUAAAGCUGAGUGAGACCUACGGCCCGGUCCUGACCGUGUACCUGGGGCCCCAGCGGGUCGUGGUUCUGGUCGGAUUUAAGACCGUGAAGGAGGCUCUCAUUGACCAGGCCGACGACUUCUCUGGGCGAGCCCCCGUGCCAUUGCUGAACAGAAUCCUGCGAGGACACGGUUUGGCGAUCAGUAAUGGUGAGCGAUGGCGGCAACUCCGGCGGUUCACACUGAGCACGCUCAGAGACUUUGGAAUGGGCCGCAAGCGGAUGGAGGAGUGGAUCAGAGAGGAGAGCAAACACCUGGUCCUCAGCCUGAGCUGCACAAACUCCACACCCUGUGACCAUACCUUCUUCUUCAGUCGGGCAGUGUCGAAUGUGAUCUGUGCUCUUGUAUUUGGCUGUCGCUUUGACUAUGAGGACAACAGCUUCCUGCAACUCCUCAAGACCUUCUCUGCAACUGCGCAAUUUGCCAGCAGACCCUGGGGUCAGCUGUAUAACCUGUUCCCAUGGCUGUUGGAGGUCCUUCCUGGGGAACAUCACCACGUCUUCACUAGGAUUGACAAGCUGAUGGCAUUCGUCAAGGAGAGGAUCCAAAAACACCAGGAGACCUUGAGCCCCGACUGUCCCCGAGACUACAUCGACUGCUACCUAAUCAAGCAAAACAAGGAGAAAGACGACCCCAGGAAUGAGUUUACCUAUGAAAACUUGGUGGCCACUGUCUUCAACCUGUUCCUGGCCGGGACUGAAACCACCAGCACCACCCUGCGUUAUGCCAUCAUGAUACUCAUAAAGCACCCUCAGAUACAAGAGCGUGUCCAGCUGGAGAUCGACACUGUGAUUGGACGAGAGAGGCUACCAAUGAUGGAGGACAGGAAGUCCCUCCCCUUCACAGAUGCGGUGAUCCACGAGGUGCAGCGAGUCCUGGACAUCGUGCCUCUCAACAUUCCUCAUUACGCCACUGGAGACAUCUCAUUCAAGGGCUACACCAUUCCAAAGGGCACAGUGAUUCUUCCCAUGUUGCACUCUGUUCUGAGGGAUGAUGAACAGUGGGAGACCCCUUGGUCCUUUAACCCAGGUCACUUCCUGGACCAAAAUGACAACUUCAAGAAGAGCCCAGCGUUUAUGGUCUUCUCUGCAGGUAAGCGGAGUUGUGUGGGUGAAUCUCUGGCUCGGAUGGAGCUCUUCCUCUUCCUGGUGGCCCUGCUCCAGCGUUUCACCUUCACCUGCCCUGGGGGACCAGACAGCCUGGACCCCACCCCUGAGGUCAGCAGCUUUGCCAGCCUGCCCAGGACAUACAAGCUCAUUGCUACCCCCCGCUGAGCGAGUAGGGUACUGCAGGACAUUGCCAUUCCCAACCCGCGAACGGAUUCUCUUAACACCACGUGAUCAUAAUCAUGUACCUUCACAGACAUCAUAUGUUUAAAGCAGUCUUUAUGUCAUCUGGUGCUGAACCACCUCUGGGUGCUCUGGUUUUUAAGGGAUUGACCUCAGAAACAGGGUGACCCCAGUAAAACCAAGUUUUCAGAUGCUGGUAAUGAGCCCCGAAACGGAUCAGCCAUGGUUAGGUGCACCUGCACUCUCAGAAAUAUAGGUAUGAAAAAUGCCUAAAAAGGUACAGAUUCUUGUCACUGGGGCGGUAGCCUAUAGGUACAUAAUAUGGUACCCCUAGCCUGCAAUAUAUAAUUAAUUUGUAUUUUUUGUUUUUUUUGCUUUGAAACCUCAGUCAUUUGUUACCAAAGAGGAAAUGACUGUGCAUUCAGCGUACAUUUGGGAAAAUCAAUCCUUGAAGAACAAAAAUGUACCUCCACCUGUCACUGAAUGUGGGCUACACCUAAGUGAUGGGUUUGUUACUGGUCUGAAUAUAAAUGUGCAUGUUUUAGUCAUGAACAGAUCAUUGAGUAUGAGCAUGUACAAAAGUAUGAUUCAACAAACAAAAUAAUAUAAUUUAUUAGUUCCCAGCCCAUUUGUAAAACAAGCAUUAAAAUCAUCAUUAUGUA